AUGUUCAAGAACGUUUUCAGCCGUCUUUUAAGACCUCAGGCUAGAUUUUACAAUACUCCGAUUCCAAGAGUCACUUAUAAAAGAUUCAAUGGCCGCACAGGAAACUCAUUCACACAGCUGUUAUUCGACAAAACCUCGAGGAAAUACCUCGCUAUAGUGUUUGGUACCGGAUCGUUAUUCUAUUUGACUCAUUUAGAAGAGGCUCCUGUUACCGCGAGAACAAGGUUUAUCUGGUUGCCAAGGUCACUUGAACUCAAGAUUGGCCAAUACACUUACAACUCGGUUCUUAGUGAGACUAAGGGGAAAAUCCUACCGGAAUCGCAUCCAUUAACGAGGAAAGUGACCAAGAUUUUCCACCGGAUUGUGGAGGCUGCUGAGCACGAUCCAAGUGUGGAUCAAAGCCUGUUGAAAGAUGUUCAAUGGAAAAUUCAUAUUGUCAAUGAUCCAAGAGCACCACCUAAUGCAUUUGUGCUUCCAGGUGGUAAAGUGUUUGUCUUCAGCAACAUCUUACCGAUAUGUCAGAAUGAGGAUGGGUUAGCUACGGUCUUAUCUCAUGAAUUUGCUCAUCAGCUUGCCAGACACACAGCAGAAAACCUUUCAAAGGCCCCGGCCUACUCUAUUCUGGGAGCAUUGAUAUAUGCAGUCACCGGAUUAGAUGGGAUCAACAGACUUCUAGUAGAUGGGUUGGUCAGAAUGCCAGCUUCGAGGGAAAUGGAAACUGAGGCUGAUUAUAUUGGAUUGAUGGUUAUGUCUCGUGCAUGUUUCCAUCCAGAAGAGUCCCUUAAAGUAUGGCAACGUAUGGCAGCCAUGGAGGAACAACAAAAGCGUCGCGGUAUGGUGAAUGUGGAAUUCUUAUCCACUCAUCCAGCAACCACAAGAAGAAUUGAGAACAUGGCCAAAUGGUUGCCAAAGUCUCAAGAGUUGUACUCUCAAGCCAACUGUGGCAAUUUCGGAGGAUUUUACAACUCGUUCCAAGAUGCUUUUGGGUACGGUAACUCUGUCUCCCCUGAACCCAGAAUCACUGUUUGGGGUAUCUGA